AUGGCUUCUGCGAUGGAAACAGCUGCACAGAAAGUUUUGGAAGAAAAGACUGACAUUAUUUCGUCAUCGGAAGUUUCUGAAGAUCUUCGAAAACCGUCAGUGCCGGAAAUUCAAAAGGAUCAGAGUUCGCCAUCGUCAACGGAACUUUCCGAAAAGGACCUUCAAAAUCUUUACGAUAUCUUCCGAUACGUAGCUUCAGCUUUUACAAAGGAGGAAUUUUCAACUAGACUUAGGGACUCGUAUCCUGUUUGGGAAGUCAUUAGUUCUCACUUGAUUUUAGCAAAGCGACCAUCGAAAGCUCCACGAGACGAAUCUCCGGAUGACAUUGGUGAUUGGUGGAAAUACAUACCUGAUCCGAAACAACCAGCAAAAUCACCGCUAGAAGAGCCUGCUGUCCAUGUCGAUGUUUCGUCGAGAUACCUGCCCUACGAAAAGCGAUCAACAGAAUCUCCACGAAAGUUCAUUGACGACGACGAUGUGGAAUUCAUACCCAAGGGAAAGUCUUACCCUAGACGAAAGAUAAUACAAUAUCGGGUAUUCGCUCAUCCGACAAUCAUUGAGCUAUUCUUCUCUGAUCAGCUGCCGUUACUUGUUGACUUUACUGUCUUUUGUCGCCAAAGCAUGACGUUUCAUCCGUCAAAACUGGGUCUGACACAAACGAUCGCUGAUCUGGAUAUCAAAAGCGAUAAUUCUGUAUUUGCACAGUUGUUCGUGGAUUAG